AUGGCUUUUGAAAGUCCAAAAAUAGCAUUCAUUGCAUGUGGAAUAUUGGUCAUAGUAUCCAUCUUAUAUAUUACGGCAAAUGCUUUACCUAUAUGGGUGACGAGAUCUGUCGACUCACAGAAACGUACACUCGGUUUGUGGAGAGUAUGUGAUAAAAAUGAAGAUAUCUCAGAAUGUGUCAAUUUACCAUUGACCAUGGAUGAUACAACUAUGGCUACCCGAGCAUUUAUUACAAUAUGCUGUAUUUUAGCCCCAUUAUCGUUUAUAUCAAUAUUGUCGAUUAUAUUGGUGAAUGAAAAUCUAAAGAAGCACAUGUCUUUACUAGCUAAAGUUCUUGCCAUAGCAAGUGCUAUUAGUGGAAUUAUUGGUGUUGGUCUUGGAAUUAGUAUAGUUGUGGAUGCUACUACGCUUGCGGCUGCUAUGGAGGUUGAGAAUGUUAAGAUGGGUGCAUCAUGUAUUUUGGCUAUUGUCGCAGUCACACUGAACUUAGUCGGUGCAAUUAUUACUUUUAUGAUCAAAUAA